AUGGUCAAAGCUGUUGCUGUCCUCCGUGGUGACGCCAAGGUCGCCGGUACCGUCACCUUCGAGCAGGCUUCCGAGUCCGCUCCCACCACUAUCAGCUGGAACAUCUCCGGCAACGACGCCAACGCUGAGCGUGCCUUCCACGUUCACCAGUUCGGUGACAACACCAAUGGUUGCACCUCCGCUGGUCCCCACUUCAACCCCUUCGGCAAGAACCACGGUGCUCCUUCCGAUGAGGACCGUCACGUCGGUGAUCUUGGCAACUUCAAGACUGAUGCUGAGGGUAACGCCGUCGGCUCCAAGGAGGACAGCUUGGUCAAGCUGAUUGGCUCCGAGUCCGUUCUCGGCCGCACUCUGGUCGUUCACUCCGGUACCGAUGACCUUGGCAAGGGUGGUCACCCCGAGUCUAAGAAGACUGGUAACGCUGGCACUCGCCCCGCUUGCGGUGUCAUUGGUCUUGCCGCUUAA